AUGUCUCCACCAGAUUUCUCGGCGUCCGAAGAAGUCAAACAUCACAAUCCCCACUCUUUUGCCCUUCAUGCUGUGCAGCACCGGCACCAACUGCUGGUUCACACCCCUUCCGGCAUCAACGUCGUUCCAUUCCCCGGCGCCAUGAUCAUUAUUAAGACCCCGCCAAUUAAUGUCGUUUAUCACUUGAACAUUACAACUGUCAGCACGCGGAGCGAUUCCCGGAUCGAUAUCCCACCAGCCUCGGAGAGCUGGAAGGAUCCCGGCGUGAAGGGCAAGACUCAUCGAGCACGGCAGACCAUCCAGCUGUACAUCUGGGACGACCAAGACAAGCCGGCAAAAGAAGAGCACUUCCUCUUCAAACUCGACUUCUUCGUCCUCUCCUACGCGUGUCUCGGCUACUUCUGCAAGAGCCUCGACCAAGCCAACAUCAAUAACGCCUAUGUGUCCGGCAUGAACGAAGCCAUCAACAUGCAAGGCAGCCAGCUCACGUACGUGAGAAACGCACUCACCGUCGGCUAUGUUCUUAGCGACAUCCCCGCGGUGAUCCUGGUGACCAAGAUCCGGCCGUCGAUAUUGAUCCCGACCCUGGAGCCUGGAUUCAUCGCAGCCGCCACUUUUGGCGUGGCGGUCAUCUUGGUAUCCAAUUCAGCGAGAAUCCUCGAGGGAAGGGAUAGCAAAUCACAGAGCUUGCGCUGA